AAAAUCCACGACUAUGUGUACUUGCCCUCCAGAUAAUAAUAGUAGAGAAGAAUAUCAUACUGCACUUUCCGAAUGUCAUACUCCAGAAGAACGACGUACGUCGACACGGUAUUAUGAAGAAGAGUUUGCUCCACCGUAUUACUCAACUCCAAUCUCGCCUCAAAUCUCGACUCUAAUCUCGACUCCAAGAAGAAUACCAAGUUAUCAACGUAUGCCUCGAACCCGUGUAAGAAGUGUCUCACGUAGAGAUCUCACAACUGGAGUAGCUAUUGUACCGCGACGAAUUGAUUUUGAUGCUGUAUCAGAUGUCGAAGAAAUUGACGAUGAAGAGACAACGAGAGAAAGAUUACAACGAUUACAAAGCCCGGCAACACGUCCGUCCAUCAUUUCCGAAAGAGGUGCUCCUGGAACGUAUAGAGUGAGACGCACAAGAGCGACACAAUAUCCAUUAGAGAGAAGGCAAUAUAUACCUAGAAUAGUUCAGAUUACACCUUGCGGGAAAUGUCUGAGAAUAUAAAAGCAUAUCGAAGUAACCAUGAAAAGCAAUCAACCAAUCUACACAACACAGAUCCCGGAACACCGAAGAUAUCGUAGAAGUACUGCGCAAACACUCCGACUGACUGUUUCUCAAUCAGAGUCGCGUAUACGGAAGGCAUACGGUUAUAGCAGCACUCGGUAGACGCCUGUUUUCACGGUCAUUCCAUUUCCAAAGUGCGUAAUUUGUCAUCAUAUAAAAUACGUAGCUCUGAAAUACACUCAAUUUAAAAAAUGCGACUAUCAUUCCUAAAUAAACAAUUCAUUCGGCUAAUAAUUGCAUGAAUUUAUCAAUAAAAUUUAUACUAAUUGAAAAAAGAACAUCUUGA